AUGACCGCGAUUCUGGGUGGAGGCAUAGCCGGUCUGUCGGCGGCAUUUUACGCCCUGGAGAACCCACGUCUGGGUGCUUUGACUCUCUACGAAGCAUCUGACCGUCUUGGAGGAUGGAUACGCAGCAAGAGAUCACCUACAGGAGCGAUGUUUGAAAAGGGUCCUCGUACCAUGCGAUCUACUGGUAUCGGUGGCAAAAAUACUCUUCGUAUUAUUGAGGAGCUAAAUUUAACUGACCGGGUGAUCAGCAUCGGGCCGAAUCAUCCGGCAGCUAAAAAACGGCUCAUUUAUGCUGACAAAAGCUUACACGUUUUGCCAAACUCAUUCAUGGAUUUAUUAAAAAUACGCGCGCCGUUAAAACGUCCGCUUAUCCUGUCGCUCUGGAACGAGUUGAAGGCUCCGAGGGUCGAGAAAGACGACGAGGAUUUGUACAGUUUCGUUGAAAGAAGGCUGGGUAAGGAUGUCGCGGAGUACUUGAUCAGUCCGAUGGUUUGCGGGAUAGCUGCUGGGGAUGCUAAAAAAUUGAGCGUUAAUUUCCUGAUGCGGUCGAUGUUCGAAGCUGAGCAGAAGCAUGGCUCCAUUCUCAAGGGAACGCUGAAGACCAACAGAAUGCAGGGAGAUAUUGAAAAGAAAAGGCUGGAGGAUAUGAAGAAUACGACCUUGGGACGGACCACAAAAGGCCCUUCGAAGUUGGCCCUAAGGGCGGAAAAGGAAAAAUGGGCAGUAUGGACACUAGAAGGCGGACUCGAGCAAUUUCCCAUCGCGAUGGCGGAGCACGUGGGGGGUAAAGUUGAUGUGCAGUUUAAAAAGUGCAGCAACUUGACUUUCGCCCCAGGGAAAGUUGACGUUGAGGUCGAUGGCAAGGUUCAAAAAUUUGAUAAAGUAAUUUCUAGUCUUCCGGCUAAAAAUCUUGCGCCGAUGGUCAGACAACAGCAUCCGGAAUUGGCUGAUGAGUUGGAGGCAAUACCUAGUGUUACAGUCGCUGUUAUUAAUUUUGAGUUUGAGGAAAACAUUUUGCCGUGCGAAGCUUUUGGUUUCUUGGUCCCGCCAAAUCAGAACUUGCCAUUGCUCGGGGUUAUUUUUGAUUCGUGUGUUUACCCACAAAAAUCAACGGUAGUAACAGCAAUGAUGGGCGGUGCCUGGUUUGAUCAUCAUUUCGGUAGCAAUCCAACGGAGGACAAUUUACUGUCGAUUGCGUUGGAACAAUUGCGUAUCACAUUAAAUGUCAAAGUUAAUCCGGUAAAUGUUGACGUUGAAAUCUUGAAGGAUUGUAUUCCCCAGCAGAUUGUUGGUCACGACGCACGUAUGAAACGGAUACGUGAGUACAUAACUGACCAUGGAAUGGCUCUAGCGAUUUGUGGUUCUUCUUAUCAAGGCGUUGGAGUUAACGACGUUAUUCUGUCAUCGAAAAACGCCAUUGAUGAUAUGUUAUUACGUGAUAUAAAUGCAUGAAAUUACAUGCCAAUCAUGCAUUUAUGUACAGACUGUAGUUGCUGAGACUAAACAUGCGAUAUGUAAAUAAUAAUUUUUAUAAGUAAUUAAAGUAAAAUAAAAAUUAUUUGUGAUAAAUAAAGAAAACAAUAAUAAAUUAAAUUGUUGCAAAUGCAAA